AUGCUCUACCUAGUAGGCCUUGGUCUGUCAGACGAGACAGACAUUACCGUCAAAGGUCUCGAAAUAGUAAAGAAGGCCUCAAGAGUAUAUCUAGAAGCCUACACGAGUAUUUUGCUUGUCGAGAAGGAAAUUUUAGAAAAAUACUAUGGCCGCGAAGUGAUCCUCGCAGAUAGAGAAAUGGUGGAGUCCUCCAGCGACGACAUCCUACACGACGCCCAGAAUGUCGAUGUUGCAUUUCUUGUAGUGGGCGAUCCUUUUGGAGCAACAACCCACACCGACUUAGUCCUCCGCGCUCGCACCCUCCAAAUCCCCAUCCAAACCAUCCCCAACGCCUCAAUCAUGUCCGCAAUAGGCUCAACAGGUCUCCAACUCUACAACUUCGGACAAACAGUAUCCAUGGUAUUCUUUACCGAGACCUGGAAACCCGCUUCCUUCCACGAUCGCAUACGCGAGAACCGGGAUAUCGGAUUACAUACCUUAGUCUUACUUGAUAUCAAAGUGAAAGAGCAGAGUUUAGAGAACAUGGCGAGAGGGAGAAUGAUUUAUGAACCACCGAGGUAUAUGACUGUUGGACAGUGCGCGCAACAAAUGUUGGAGGUGGAGGAGAUUAAAUCUGCGGAGGGAGAAGGGGCGGGAGUUUAUGGGCCCGAGAGUCUGGCUGUUGGAGCUGCGAGAGUAGGUGGGAGGACUGAAAAGUUCGUGAGUGGGACGUUGAAGGAGCUGUGUGAUGCAGAUGAUGUGCUUGGUGGUCCCUUGCACAGUUUGGUGCUACUGGGAAGAAGGACCCAUGAGUUGGAGAGUGAAUGUUCUGCUGGUGCCUACGCGACCAUGCUCUCUACCGCCAUAUUACCACUUCUUUGGAUUCUCCAUUCCAGCAUCGCGUUCGCGAAGCGAGGUACCAAUGUUGCUGUCUUCAUAGUUAUGUGCAUCACCAACACAUAUCCGGGUAUCGGAUUCAUUUGUUUACCAAAACGAACACCGAAUUCUCGCUGGCGCUUGACGUUUAGUGCCUUGCUUGAUCUUUGGCUCACCAAACUCCGUCGGACGCCCGCCACUGAUGGCGGUAGAGUUAUGGGAUAA